UCGGCUGGUGACGCAUGUUACGUGGAGCGAGUGGUUCAAUAGUCACAUUAGCGAGCGUUAUCAUUGUUAGAAGGAGAAGAUGCAUUACCAAAACAGAUAGUCGUUAUUGGAGCGUGCUCAAUUCAAACGUGUUGGUGUCGUUACUUACACAUCUACAGUGUGGAUGAAAAAUGACUGAUUUGGCCGCUUCUUUGACCAAAGAGGGCUGGUACCUCAGUGAUGAAGGCAUAGCAGAGCUGAAAGGAUCUGCUGAGAAUGUAACACACAAUGACAUUAUUCGUAUUGCACUUGACAGCGACCUCAGGCCUAUUGGGGAAAAAUGUCUACCGUCUGAUAUCAAUAGUGGAAGAACUGAGAAGUUGGAAGGUCCGUGUGUUCUUCAGGUGCAGAAGGUGAGGAAUGUCUCGGCUCCUAAAGACCGCGAGGAGUCCCAGGGCGCGCCACGGAUGCUGCGCCUUCAAAUGACGGAUGGGCAUACCACCUGUGUCGGAUUGGAGUUCCAACACCUGUCUGAGAUCAGUCUGAACACCCCUCCUGGAACAAAGGUGAAGCUCCUUGGUACGGUCCAGGUUAAAAAUGGUCUUUUGCUGCUCGAUGACUCAAAAAUCUCUGUCCUCGGAGGAGAGGUUGAUCACAUGGUGGAGAAAUGGGAACUACAAAGGAGUCUGGCCAAGCACAGCAGGAGUAACAUUGGAGCCGAAGGCGGACCUCCUCCCUUUGUGCCAUUUGGUCAGAAGUGUGCGAGGAAGGAUGAAGUAGACAGCAGGGAUCUGGACCAGAGGAAGACCCUCCAGUCUCAGAAUGUAGCCAAGAGUCCCGAUGAGAAUGACGAGUUCGAAAAGCAGCGGACGGCAGCUAUUGCUGAGGUGGCCAAGACCAAAGAGGCUCCGAGGACGUUCGGGGGUGGAGGAAAUGCAGGCGGUAAUUUAUCCAGUGCCGCUUCCUCCUUUCGGGGCCGAGACUCGUACCAGCAGAGGAGACGGGAAGACAGAGUCGAAAGACCGGAAAGCAGACAAGAUGGGAACUACCGAGAGCUGGUGGAUGAGCGUGCUCUGAGAGACAUCAUGGAGAUGGGCUUCGACAGGGAGGAUGCUCGGCAGGCACUAAUGGAUAACAACAACAACCUUGAAGUGGCACUAAACAGCCUACUGACUGGAUCUUCUGCUAGCAGACCCGUUCCUGUGGAAGCUGAAUCCAUCAAGCCCCCACCCAGAGCCAGAGGAAGAGGAAGAGGCAGGUCCAGAAAUGAAGAUGAGGAGGAGGGAGCAGGUGGAAGGCCGUCCGGACCAAGCACUCUUUUUGACUUUCUUGAAUCCAAGAUGGGAGUUUUCUCCAUCGAUGAGCAAAAGAGCCAUGGACCUCAGAGACACCAUGAGAGUAAAGCCAAUUUCUCCAACUCCGACUAUUACUCCAAAGACACAUCUCAGACCAAGUUCUCCUCGCAUAAUGACCACCGGCAACAAAGGAAUGACAGACCACCUCGCUUCCACCGGGACUUGGAUUUUCCCAAACCUGGCCAGGAGCCUCUCUCUGACUCUACGACCUCCCAAACGUCAGCUCAAGCCCAGCAGUGGAAGGGCCAGGAGAGAUGGUCGCGCGGCAGAUCGGACAGAUCGCAGAAUGACAGGAGAGAGACGAGACAGGAGCCCAUUUUCCCUUCAUCCUUCUCCACUACUUUCCCACAUUCAAAAGAACCUCAGCAGCAGACGGAGUUCGGCGCAUCGCACCACCAACGAUCCAGAAAUGGAGACGGAGGCGGCAGGAACACGGCCGGGCCGUCCAACAGGAGAGGGGCUAGAGACAACGCACCCAUGGCUAAACCGACUGACUGUGCAGGCAGCGAGCCCGAUGGCAGAGGGAAUAGUAAGCGUACGGACAGAACUGAAGAACCCAACAGCAGCAGCAGGAGGAAGGGGAAGACGGACCGGCCAAACUCGGACCACCUUGACCGACAAAGGGAUGGUGGGCCUCCAAACUUUAACCCGAGGGGAGGAAGAUCAGGGACACCCCAAGAAGUGGGGUUAUCGCGGGACUUUCGAAUGGCGACAGGGGAUCCCUCUCAUUUCCAAAAUGGAGACAUGGAGCACAAAAGAACUGGGCCGAUCAAGCCAACAAACUCGCCGAGUGUCCCUUACAGGGAGCCGCCCCCCCCCAAGAAAAACGCCUCCAGUAACCCAGGACCCAAAAGGAGGCCGGGACAAGGCAAAGGUCCAGGACCUCGAGGACCAGAGAGAAGUCAUUUUGUGGAACAAGCUUGGAAACCUGGAGACCAGUGCCUGGCGCUGUACUGGGAAGACGGCAAGUUCUACCAUGCCAGGAUAGACGCUGUGCAUCCGUCCGGCUCCACGGCUGUGGUUGUGUUCAGUGAUUACGGAAACUGUGAAGAGGUCCUGCUGCAUAACAUCAAACCCCUUUCUGCUGAUGUUUUGGAGGAAGAUGAUGGCUACUACGACAGUUCAUUAGAGUUUCGCGGUGGGGGAGACGGACAGCAUAGACGCACCAGACCCACACAGCAGUAUUACCAGCCUCCUAGGGCACGAGAUUGAUGUGUCUGCGUUUACACUGGCAGGUAAAUAAAUAUGAAACUGUGGUGUUUUGUUUUUUUUCAAUUAAUAAUUGGACAUCGAACAUUGUGUGAAGAAUCUUCCUAUUUUUAUAUGGCAGCUUUUUAUUCACAGCAUUGCUCUUCAUUGUAGUGGGAGUCUUGAAUUGUACAAUAAAAAAAAAAAA